AUGCCGAGGCCCAAGGAGAAGCUCGGCUGGUGGACUUGGCUGCAGGGCUUGCGGACGAGGUAUAGCAAGGUGCCCAGCACAGCGGAUCGGUCAGUUCAGACCGGCAUCCUCAAUGAGGGACCCAGGUGGUCCCUCUCCCGGGUCCUGCGGCGACCGCCGCAGUGCAGUUCGGAGGAUGAGCCGGUGAGCAGCGUCGAUUUCACCUCCCCGGAGUACCGAGCCCGGGUGACCGCGGCCAAGGUGAUGGGGCACCUGAAAGCCAAGGAGCCCUCCCAAGUACACUUGGACCAGUCGCUUUACGGAACGGCCUUUGUUUUGCCGCAACUCGCCCGGUCCGCUGGCUGGCCGAAGGAGCUGACGGUGCUCGUCAUCAAGUCCUACUUCCUUCUGCUUAUCAACUACUUGGCGCAGUUCGCCAUUCUGUACAUGAUCGCCAAGGAGGAGAUGAUCUGGGACCUUUUCUCCGGCCAAAUGUUCUUAUGUGACUUUGGCACAGAUUCUCCUUCUUGCCCGGACGGGCCCAACUGCAUCGGCCCGGGCGGCACGGUCUUCACCUCCAUGAGGUAUUACAGCUGGAGCCAGUGGAUUUCGCGAACCUUCGCCAGAGAUGCGAUGAGGGCGGUGUUCCCAGAGAAGGCCGCCGAAAUUGGCAUGUACGUGGAUCCUGGUGAGUAUGGCGUUGAGAGCAAGACUUGCCGCAUCCUCUGCUGCAUGCUGUUCAUCGUCAGCGUGCUGGAUGAUGUGGUUGGCACGUUCAACAUGGGCCGAGUGCUGGUGGACAUUCCCACCCAGCCGGACCUGUGGCUCGACUACCAGCCUCUCACCGAGGGCUGGGCCAGCAAGGACCACCUUAAAGCCAUCACUGGAAAGUCUGAGAUCGACUUCGUGAAGCUGAAGAUCGCAGGGAUGCCCUUGUUCUGGAAGAUCGUCAACGUGGUGAUCAUCCUGUUGCCGAAGAUGGUUCUGUGGAAGGUCACCGCGCAAGCGGGGAUCUGCUUCCUCAUGGAGACGCAAGGCAUCGAGAAUGUGGUGGUGAACGCCGUCGGCCUUUCUUUCAUCCUCCAGAUCGAUGAGCUCAUCUGCAUCGAGCUCAUGCCGUGGUCUGCGAGCCAGAUCCUCAAGAAGCUGGAAGUCCACUUGCUCGGAGAGCUCCGAGAUAUCGAUACCCUGGAUCACUUGUCUGACGAGGAGCUCUUUGCAAAGAACCAAGAGCAGAUCGACAACUCCUGGAGCGUCAAUGACAUCUACGACCUGAUCCCCAUGAAGAUGGUCGCGGCCAUUGCGAUUUCGAGUCUCUUCAUUUGGCACUACUACGUCUUCCACUGCGUGCGGAACGAGGCCGGGGGCACGGUCUCGCAUCCGAUGGCCUUGCCCAAGAACACGAACCUGCCGCUCUUAAGCGCCUUCCUCUUGGAGUUCGUGGGUUUCGAGCACGAGGACACGAACUUCUGGACCAUGCCCUCCGUCCCUGGCCACGCGACGUGA